GCAGCACGCAGCAUAUGUGUCCACGGACCGACGAGUCGCAGCUCCCAGCCCCUCCGUUGAAGCUAGUGAUCAUGUCUGCAACCUUGCGACUUUGCGAUUUCACUGAAAACCAGCAGCUUUUUCCAGUACCUCCUCCGGUGCUGCGUAUUGAUGCUCGCACAUUUCCGGUCACUGUCCAUUUUGCGCGGAGAACUGAUGAUGACUACAUCAAGGCCGCGUACAGGUCGGUGCUCCAGAUUCACAAGGAUCUGCCACCAGGGAGCAUCCUCGUUUUCGUAACUGGCCGGCAGGAGGUGCACCGACUCUGCAGGAUGCUGCAGCAGUGGCAGAUGAGGGCGUCGAAGCAUGGGGACGGAGCCGAGGGCGAGGCGGAGGAGGAGGCCGAGGAGAAGGAGCGACCCCUCGAGUUGGAGGCCUCCGAUGACGAGGGCAAUGCGGAAAGCGACGCUGAGCCUGGAGAGCUGCAAAAGCCACCGGAAGAACCGCGCGAUUCGAUGCAGGGCGACGGCAGCAAGGCCGCCGAUGCGAAGCUGGCCAGGAGCCCAAAGAAGGCCAAAGGCAAAAAGCGAAAGGCACCGGAGUCCCUUCCGAAGGACAGCGCGAGAGACGCCGAACAAGGAGGCGCGCUGACAGCGAAGAAGCGCCGGAGAAAGGCCAAGAAGAUUACGGAGGCUGUCGGAGACGCGAAUUCGAAGGAGGAGGGGCAAGGAGGGCAGGGCCAGGGUGAGGAGACAGAGGCAGCUCAAGAGGAGAUGCCGGAGCUCUCCUUCGCUUUGGGGGAGGAAGACACGGUGCUUCUUGAGGCGGAGGCCCAGGCUGAGGAUGCCAAGGACCGCGAGCUGCGGAACCAGCGGAAGGUGCGGAUGACCAGGCUCGACAAAUCCAGAACGGCCGGGGGUGUCUUCAAAGGUGCUGGAUUUGGAGAAGGGCCCCUGCGUGUGCUGCCCCUGUACGCGCAGCUUUCCGCAACAAGGCAGCUGGCCCCGUUCGCGGAGCCACCGGAGGGUGAACGUGUGGUUGUGAUUGCCACCAACGUGGCUGAAACGUCGGUGACCUUGCCGAAUGUGCGCUAUGUCGUGGACACUGGGAAGGAGAAGCGGCGGCGGUACAAAGCUGCAUCGGGAGUAUCAGCAUUCGUGAUCGACAGGAUCUCCAAGGCUUCGGCCGAUCAGCGUGCCGGACGUGCUGGCCGGCUCGGUCCUGGCCACACCUACCGCCUCUACUCGUCAGCUGCGUACGAGAACUACUUCACGAAGUUUGCGUCGGGGCCAUUGCCCUGGGUCACAUUUAGUCGAUCUCUCCGGUCUUUGCUUCUCUCGGCUCAGCAGCCCAUGGCGGCCCUUGAAGGCAGUGGCUACGGAAUGUACCUUACCAAUUUCGUAUUAUUGGUCCAAGAUGCGUCAGACUCCGCCACCUGGCCCGGUACAGUAACGAUUCUGCUGGCACUUGCGUUCCUUGCGGCUGGUGAGGAGGCACACGAGGCACAGACACUGGGUGCCCCGUGUCGCAGCCUCAUCCAGGUCAACCACACGGCAGCGAAAGCGAAAGUGCCCUUGAAGGCCGGCGACCCGACGAGGUCGGACAAGCAGAAUGGGGGCCGCAGCUCGACAAAGCCAGAGAACUCGGUGAGGGAACUGUUGGAGGAGGGCUCUCUUUUCGUCCGGCACGUUGCGAUCUCCCUCAUCGGUGUGGCACCAGAAGAAGUUGCCACUUCCAUGCCCUAUCUCGUGAUGUUUGGCAUCCUCCUGGCAGUGCUCAGCUUCUGCGCCCUCUCCAGGCAGACGGAGGAUGGUGCCUUUCUGACCAGCAGCCUGGCACACCUGCGUGCUAGCAGCACUGCGGACACCGCGAGCGACGAGUUGAAGGCGGCCCGAAGAGCGGCCCGAGCAGGUCCCCGCCCGGCCCGGACCGGGCCGCCCGAUCUCCGUCCGCAAGCACAGAGCUUCCAGAGCUCCCAGACGGGGCAGAGCCCACUGAUCUCUCUUUGCCCAGAGCUGGUGGUGCCAGAGAAGGUGGAGUGCACUUUGCUGGUGCCGCUCGUGCGUGGCCAUGCGGCCAAGCGAGCAUCUACGCUUCCAGUCUCGGACGUCAAGGGCGAGACAAUCUUUCUCUUGGAAACAAUUCCCGAUGGCCGAAGCAGCGAUGGUACAAGGCUCAUUUUGUCGAGCCCCAUGAAGGACGUGAGGUUUUGCACGUGCCGCACGGUCGCGACGGGUUUCGUCUUUGUAAACGACAAGGUCUACGGUGGGCGCUUUGCAAAUCUGAAGAAGCUCGACUCCGGCUUCACCCUCACGGCUGACAGCCGUCCCCCCUUCCGCUUUCAAGGAAGCUUGUCGACAAGCAUAGAUGCAACUGACGACGACGGAAGGGUUUUGGCUUACUCCGGUGUAGCAGAGGCAGACAGCCACGGAAUCCCGCAGCUGAAGCUCAAUGUGGGUCCAGGGGUAGAUGCAGGUCUCAUGGUCGUCUGCUAUGCGGCUCUGGAGCUGUUGCAUGGAGCCAGCCAGUCGUAG